GCGGAGGCCCCGCGGGCCGGUCCCGCAGCGCCAUGAACUGCCGCGCGGAGGUGCUGGAGGUGUCGGUGGAGCCGCGGCAGGUGGAGGAGGCGGCGCUGGCCGUGCUGCACACGGUGCUGCUGCACCGCAGCACCGGCAAGUUCCACUACAAGAAGGAGGGCACCUACUCCAUCGGCACCGUGGGCACGCGCGACGUGGACUGCGACUUCAUCGACUUCGCCUACGUGCGCGUCUCCUCCGAGGAGCUCGACCGGGCCCUGCGCAAGGCGGUCGGCGAGUUCAAGGACGCGCUGCGCGGCUCGGGCAGCGACGGCGUGGGGCAGAUCUCGCUCGAGUUCUACCAGAAGAAGAAGUCGCGCUGGCCCUUCUCGGACGAGUGCAUCCCCUGGGAGCUGUGGACCAUCAAGGUGAACGUGGUGAACCUGGCCAACGAGCAGGAGCGGCAGAUCUGCCGCGAGAAGGUGGGCGAGAAGCUCUGCGAGAAGAUCAUCAACAUCGUGGAGGUGAUGAACCGCCACGAGUACCUGCCCAAGAUGCCCACGCAGUCCGAGGUGGACAACGUCUUCGACACCA